GAGUACUGGUACUGGUGGGACACUAGUAGGGAUUGAGGCAGAGAGGAUAUUUCUUCAUAAGAGCUGUGUUUCUUAGCUUUCUGAGAAAGAAACAGAGGAAAAGGAAGAUGGAAAUAGAAAUGAAGCAUUCAAAAUUUAAGAGGAUUUGUGUGUUUUGUGGUAGUAGUCCAGGAAAGAAAAGCAGCUACAAGGAUGCUGCUAUUGAGCUUGGAAAAGAAUUGGUAUCAAGGAAUAUUGACCUGGUUUAUGGAGGAGGAAGUAUUGGUUUAAUGGGGUUAAUUUCUCAAGCUGUUUUUGAUGGAGGCCGCCAUGUGAUUGGAGUUAUCCCCAAGACACUCAUGCCUAGAGAGAUCACUGGAGAAACAGUAGGAGAAGUAAAGGCUGUUGCUGAUAUGCACCAGAGGAAGGCUGAAAUGGCUAGACAUUCAGACGCCUUUAUUGCCUUGCCUGGUGGUUAUGGGACCCUUGAAGAACUUCUUGAAGUCAUAACCUGGGCCCAACUUGGCAUUCAUGACAAACCGGUGGGAUUGCUGAACGUGGAUGGAUAUUACAAUUCCUUGUUAUCAUUUAUUGACAAAGCAGUAGAGGAAGGCUUCAUUAAUCCAAGUGCACGCCAUAUAAUUGUGUCUGCCCCAACUCCAAGAGAGCUGGUCAAGAAAAUGGAGGAGUAUUUUCCACGACAUGAAAUAGUGGCCUCAAAGGUAAGCUGGGAGAGUGAACAGUUUGACUACUCUCCACAAUGUGAUAUCUCCAGGUGAAAGAAGAGAUUGAAGCAUUGGAAGAGAGCCGAAGAGCAGGAGGCCUUUGCCAAUGCAACGGACUAAUUUUAGACGACCAUCAUGUUCCUCGAGUGGGAACUUGGCUAAUUUCUCUCCUUUCUUCUUUUUUUCCUUCUGUUUAAUUUAGGCAUCACCCUUCUCCCCAACGAAUGUCUGCUGCUCUUUUGUAUUUUAUUG